AUGCAAAGAAUCAAUCAAACUCAAGUAAUUUUCGAUGCCUCAUCAGCAUCAGACGAAACCAAAUGUUCGCCAACUGGCGAACAUACGUCAAAGAGGGAGAAGUUUAAACAACUUUUCCACUUCAAAAAAGCAACAACAGUUGAUGCCUCAUUAGCAUCAACUACAGAAACAAAGUGCCCAUCAGUCGAUGAGCACAAAUCAAAAAAAGAAAAGUUCAAGCAGCUUUUCAAAAUAAAGAAAACCAAGACAGUUGAUGCUUUAUCAGCAUCAGAAGAAGAAGAAGAAUGUUCACCAAGCGGUGAGCACAUCUCAAAAAGGGAAAAAUUCAGAAAAUUUUUCCAUUUGAAAAAAACUACGACCAUUGAUGCUUUACCAGCAUCAAUUGAAGAAAAUGAAUGUUCACCAGUCAGUGAUACUGCUGUUGAAGAAGAAAAUGUUGAUGCAUUAUCUGCAUCAAUUGAAGAAGAGAAAUGUUCACCAGUCAGUGAUAUUGCUGUUGAAGAAGAAAAUGUUGAUGCAUUAUCUGCAUCAAUUGAAAAAGAGAAAUGUUCACCAGCCAGUGAAAUUGCCGCUGAAGGAGAAAAAGUUGAGAAAGCUGAUGCAUUAUCUGCAUCGAUUGAAGAAAAUGACUGUCCACCAGUUGGUGGACCCACCGCUAAUUUGGAUCAUCCUGAACCCGCUGCUAAUUUGGAUGAACCUGCUGAAAACGCCACCAAACCCGCCGCUGAUAACGCCAAACCCGCCGAACCCGCCGAACCCGCUGAAUACACUGAAUACGCUGAAUAUGCCGAACCCACUGCAUAUGCCGAACCCACUGCAUAUGCCGAACCCACUGCAUAUGCUGAACCCGCUGCAUAUGCUGAACCCGCUGAGUACGCUGAGUAUGCCGAACCCACCGCAUUGGCUGCAUUUGCUCAACCCACUACAUUUGCUGAAUCCGCUAUCCAACCUCAACCUAGACCUGCUGAGACAAACAUCGCCGAUCUGGACAAUCACGAGGCUUAUGAGCCACGUGAACUUCAAACAUCGUCCAGUUGCUAUUCCGAUGGUCAGUCUUCCUCGCAUAGCUUGGAAGACAGAAUUCUCCGCAGGUUGAGAGAAUCCAUGCUGCCUUUUGCUAUAGAGGUUGAGGAAGAAGAAGGAGAUGCGGACUUGCUAAGCAUUUGCAGCAAUAACAGCGACGAGCCCCAGCACCAGUAUUCAGCAUUGGGACGUGAAACGCCAAAGCUAGUUAUUCCCAAGAAGAGGGGUGCACCUACAUUCAAAGCUGAUAAACACGGAGUUGCUAUUUCCAAGUCACCCAAAGAACCAGAGGCUGUCAAACCAAAUGAGAUUGUUCCCCCCAUUGCUACAGCCGUUGAAGCUACGAAACACAAGGAACCGGAGGCCGAAAAACCAAACAAUGUUGAUUCCUCCAAAGCUAACCGAAAAAUUGAGCGUGCUCCCUCCGUUGAUUCAGCUGUUGACGAUAAGAAAACCAAAAAGUCAAUAGCUAGGAGAAUAGUUGAGCUUGUUCAAUCCCUUGUUGCUUGUUUUCGUGCUAAGCCAAAAGCUGACCCAACUCCCCCCAUCAUCGCUCCAGUUAGGAUACGAACCCCUAUGACAUAUGCAAGGGUUGCUGCUAAUUAUGGGGUGUGGCCAGAUCAUCUGCGCGUCUUUGUUUUGGGAGCAUAA